CAGUAUCGAGUACAACUGUACCAGCCAUCCGACAGCCGGUGAAUGCAAUAAGCACUAAAUAGAAAUCGUGUGUAGCGGCACUGAUAUGAACACCCGAGUUUAUAUAUGUAUUUAGAAUUUACUAGUAGGCUAUGUACUUCUAAAUAGUCCGCAAUUUAUAGAGGGUAUGGAUCCAAGCGUAUUUGCACAAACACAGAGCUCAAGGUGCAUCUUUCGGUGAUAGGAUAGGUGUUAAAAGUAUUGGGCAGACCGUCUCGAUGGCUAGUUCUGAGGACGCGUAUAAAGAAGAGUUGCACACAACCGGGUUUGAUCUCGACACCCACUGCCCGACUGACGAAGACUACGUCGAGACUACCAUCACAGUCCCCAACUUGUCCCUUAGGAGAAAUAGCAACGGUAACAAACGCGACAUCAAGAUGAGCAAUGUGCGACAAGUGAUCAGGUGUUUAAAGCCCGUAGAUUUAUUAGUACUGACAUAUCUGGCGUUGACAAUACCGUUAGUGGCGUACGCUCGGAUAUGGGGUGGCAUAGUGGUACGUAUACUACUUCUAGUAGGUGUUGUAUACGGCAGAUGGUAUCUAGUCCAAACGCGGAAUCAGACAUCGUUCACUUUCAGGAUCACAAAUAGGUCUUUCCAGGUCUCAACACAACUUAUAAUAGGGUUUCUACUGGAUAUAUAUGGCCUGAUCGCCUGCAUAUAUAUAUACGGCGAGGAUGGUAAGGUGAUCGCUGCACUGUAUCCUGAUGCGGCAAAGGACUUUUAUGAUAACGAAAUGAAGGCUAUAGACGCUGGUCUAUUCGGGAAUGUCAAAGUAGAGGAUGGCACGGGGUAUUACUUAAGGUCACUGACAGGACAAACAUUCAACCUUAUAUUUGGUGAGUGGUUGCACUUCUGCUACUUCUUCUACUACAUCAUCCUAGUAGGUACGUGGCUGAUCGCUUGGGCAUUCAUUCAACACGAGCACUUUGACAUAAUCAGCACGGUGCAAGUUAUGGUAUAUCUAGUGUGCCUAGUGUGUUAUCUUGUCAUACCUGUCGCGGGACCCUACUGGGCGUAUCCGGAUAAAAGACCCGAAGCCGAAGAUGUUGGGUUUGUGUUCGCACGUGUUACGCACUUCCUGGUAGAGGGGGGUAGUAGUAGCGGUACAGCGUUUCCCUCGGGACACUGCAGUAUGACCACAGCUGCACUGGUGCUGGCGCUUUUGUAUAUCAAACCAUUGGGAUUGGUCUAUCUAUUCACCAACCCGUCGCUUAUCUUCGCGACAGUGUGGUGCGGGUUCCAUUACUUCAUCGACGCGUUUGUGGGUGUGCUAGUAGGUCUAAUGUGCUGUGCCUUAGGUCAUCUCAUGGUUAGGGUAGUUGGCUACAACCUACCUGCGUACGAUGAUAGGUACUCGCAAGACUUUAGGGCAAGCAAGAGUGCUGGAGGCGCCUUUGACCGGACAAGGUAUUCGGCUCUGGACGAGGAUGAAGAGGUCGAAAUGGAUACGCCGACGGAAAUGGAAGCGUAGAAAUUAUAAUAUACAUACGUGUAUGGUAUGUGCAAAUAUUGAAAGUGGACGUGUACAGUUAGGCAACUUUAGUUUAGCGGCCGGGGAUGCCUCACGCAUUCGGAUUCACCGGCAUGGUACAGUAUAUACACGCGAGUCCAAGUGGAGAUGUGUAUCAUGUGCUUCAUACUUUGCUUGUGUGGAUGAGAAGCGAAGUCUACGCUAGUUGCACCGACAGCAUCAGAGAGUAUGCACGAGCGGGUCUGAGUCAUGAUGUGUGCGGACUUUGUAUACACACUGGUGCUGACGAGCAACGAUAUCAAAGAAAGUGUGGAGUGCUUCUAUGGGGUGAAAGGGGAAUCUAGUACUAGGCAGGAAUGUGGGGGAAAAUAUCACUUACCGUUUUCACGGCGCAUCUGCAUAAACAGAAUGCACAGAUUGCCAGUCUAUCGUUGAUUUUAUAGUCUUUUACGUAUGUUGUCUGUUGGAAUGAGCUGAGAAGACCGCAACAUAAGUCUGUGGUGUCUGUUUCUAGAAGGUAUAUUAUAAACAUGAAAUCUCGUUAAUCAAGGGUUUAUGCUGUCCCAAUUAAACAAAAAC